CGGGACUAUACAUUUACAACAAAAAGAAACAAAUCUUGUGGUCAAAGUUUCCAUACGUAGCUUCUCUUCUCUACACUCACGUCCACCACAAUCCUCGUGCUCCUUCCUCUAAACCCGUCCGAUUCACGUACUUUUACUAUCUUUUCUCAAUCCAACAGCUCACAGUCCACAAACAAAUUUCAAAUCGCGUCCUAUAAAAUCCCCUCUCCUCUGCUCCACACUCUCUCAAAACCCUAGAAAAAAUGGCAGGAACCGGAGUUGUGGCGGUGUACGGCGAAGGAGCCAUGACGGAGACGAAACAGAAAUCUCCCUUCUCCGUGAAAGUUGGUCUCGCUCAGAUGCUUCGUGGCGGUGUAAUCAUGGAUGUCGUCAACGCAGAGCAAGCUCGAAUCGCUGAAGAAGCUGGCGCAUGCGCCGUGAUGGCUCUUGAACGUGUUCCCGCCGAUAUUCGAGCUCAAGGCGGUGUUGCUCGAAUGAGCGAUCCAGAGAUGAUCAAAGAAAUCAAAAACGCCGUGACGAUUCCGGUGAUGGCGAAAGCUAGAAUUGGUCAUUUCGUUGAAGCUCAGAUCCUGGAAGCAAUCGGAGUUGAUUACGUCGACGAGAGUGAAGUUCUCACUCUCGCCGACGAAGAUAAUCACAUCAACAAACAUAAUUUCAAAAUCCCUUUUGUUUGUGGAUGUAGGAAUCUCGGUGAAGCUUUAAGGCGGAUCCGUGAAGGAGCCGCCAUGAUAAGAACCAAAGGUGAGGCUGGAACUGGUAACGUUGUUGAAGCCGUUAGGCACGUGAGGAGUGUGAACGGAGCUAUUCGGUUACUUAGAAGCAUGGACGAUGACGAGGUUUUCACUUACGCGAAAAAGAUCGCUGCGCCGUAUGAUUUGGUUGUGCAGACUAAGGAGCUUGGGAGGUUACCGGUGGUUCAGUUCGCUGCUGGAGGAGUGGCGACGCCGGCGGAUGCGGCGUUGAUGAUGCAGUUGGGAUGUGAUGGAGUGUUUGUUGGGUCGGGUGUUUUCAAGAGUGGAGAUCCGGUGAAGAGGGCUAAGGCUAUUGUUCAGGCGGUUACGAAUUAUAGAGACGCGGCGGUGUUGGCGGAGGUGAGCUGUGGUUUAGGUGAAGCCAUGGUUGGUCUUAAUUUGGAUGAUAAGGUUGAGAGGUUCGCUAGUCGUUCUGAGUAACCAAUCAAAUUUCAGAUGUUUUUAUCCAUAACGUUUGUCACUUUAAUAUGUAUCCACAAACCAAUAUUCUCGAUUUAUUCAAGAUUUUAUAGAAAAAAAUUGGAAAUGAGG